GGACGCUGAUCCGGCUUUGGAGGGAUGGCGUCCCUGGUUUCGUUGCGGGAGGUGAACCCUUGUACAUCCAAGCUAGGUGAAGCUAUGUUCGGCGAUUUUCACCUUAUUUGUCCUACGCUAUCUAUGAAGCUAAUGUGGGGACGCUCGACUCUUAUACCAUUUAUACGGAGCUCAGAGUAUAUAUAUCCCUUAAAGACGACGAGGUCAAGAGAAAUUUUCGAAUGCUAGACUUAGAAUACCUAGCACCUUUGAAGAUUUCUCCACCUACCUCAAGAUACCCCUUUCCUCCUUUCAAUUUAUCUUAUACCCCACUUCAUAUACCCACACAAUGGCUCCAGGGGCCCUCCUCGACGACACCACAUCUCGGAAUGGCCUCGACUUGGAAGAGACAUCAGACCACAUCGACGCCGUCAACGUCCUAAAAGGCCAAGCCAAGUUUGACGACAAGUCACAAUUCGACGCGGACAAAGACAAAACCCAAUUCAGACAAUACGAAGAAGCAUGUGACCGCGUGAAAUCCUUCUACCGCGAACAACACGCCAAACAAACCGUAGCCUACAACCUACAAGCCCGGCACCGCUUCCGCACGCGUCAACGCGCGGAAAUGACAGUAUGGGAAGCGAUCGAAAAACUCGACACACUUAUCGACGAAUCAGACCCAGAUACCAGCCUCUCACAAGUCCAACACCUCCUCCAAGCCGCCGAAGCCAUCCGUCGCGACGGCAAGCCGCGGUGGAUGCAACUCGCGGGUCUAAUCCACGACCUUGGAAAACUACUUUUCUUCUUCGGCUCCGAGGGCCAAUGGGACGUCGUCGGGGAUACGUUUCCCGUGGGCUGCGCUUUCGACCCGCGGGUCGUGUACGCCGACACCUUUACCGCAAACCCGGAUUCGCGGGAUCCGGUGUAUAGUACUGAAUACGGUAUCUACAGUCCCGGAUGUGGGCUUGAUAAUGUGAUGUUAUCGUGGGGUCAUGAUGAGUAUUUAUACCAUGUCGUUCGCGAUCAAUCUACACUACCCCGCGAAGCACUGGCUAUGAUUCGGUAUCAUUCGUUCUACGCGUGGCAUAAAGAGAAUGCGUAUCGCGGGUUGAUGAAUGAAGGGGAUGAGGAUAUGUUGAGGGCGGUGAGAGCGUUUAAUCCGUAUGAUUUGUAUAGUAAGAGUGAUGGGGUGCCGGAUGUAGAGGUUUUGAAGCCGUAUUAUUUGGAGUUGAUUGAUGAGUUUUUUCCGAAGAAGGUUGUUAGGUGGUAAUUAGUGAGUAAGUAAAUGGAUAGACAGAUGGUUGGGGUUUUGGCUAGAAAGGCUUGGGAUAUUUUAUGAUGACAUGAUUGAUAAUAAAUAUUGGAAAUAUAUGUAUUUCUAAGUAUAUACAGAUUGACAAUAGGAAAGUUGGAAAGGAAAAUCAAUAAUGAUUGUAGCUAUUACACAUC